GAAGUCUAGAGAACUAAAUUAAUAAGUAAAAAAAGGGAAAAGAUAAAAAUGCCUCCAAAUACAAAAGUUAGCAUUGAUCGAAAGAAUACUUACAAAAGUAAAAGAUAUGGUCAUGAAGAGAUAACUCACAGCAUAAGGGCUGGCGGACAUAACAAAUCUGAACCCAUCCCUCCGUUGGACCGUAGCGCGCUUAUCGCUCAGGGGUCGUACGAGAAGUGUCCCAGACUGACAGCAAUACUUACGCAGUUUGGCUUCUACCUGCUGAUAUUCCUUGGAUAUUUGAACCAGCUGCUUUUCCCGCCUAAGGUCACUAAAGAAAGGAACAGAGAGGGUUACGCGCCACUGUACAGGCCAUUUGACCAGUUCUAUUCCCGCUACGUGUACCGCCGCGUUCGGCAUUGUUUCAACCGACCAGUGAGCUCCGCGCCGGCUGAAGAAAUCACUCUCAUGGAACGCUCCAGUGAUGAUUACAAUUGGACCAUGAAGUUCACAGGCCGCGAGCAACAGUGCGUGAACCUCGGCUCGUACAACUACGUCGGCUACAGAGGCGGGAAGAAAGAAGUAGAAGAUGCAGCGCGGAGCUACGGACUGGUGCUGAGCUCCCCUCGCGCUGAGCUGGGCUCGUGUCAGCUGCAUGAGCAGCUUGAGAAUGAGCUGGCUGAGUUCUUUGGAGUCGAGGCAGCAGUGGUCGUUGGCAACGGCUUUCUUACCAAUUUGCUGACGCUGUCAGCUCUUGUGGGCCCUGACUCGCUCGUGUUGAGCGACGAUAGUAACCACACCAGCCUAAUACUGGGCAUGCGGCUUGCGCAAGUGCCUGUGAGGGUGUUCAGGCAUAAUGACAUGAAGCACCUGGAACAACUGGCGAGGGAGGCGCGCGCUGAGGGACGUUGGCAGAAGAUUGUUAUCGUAUUGGAGGGAAUCUACAGCAUGACCGGUUCCCUAGCCGCUCUCCCAGCAGCUGUCGCUCUGAAGAAGCAACUAGGCCUUCACAUCUACAUCGACGAGGCUCACAGCAUCGGUCUGGGGCCGAGAGGACGAGGAGCGACUGAUGCAUGUGGCGUGGAUCCUAGAGAUGUGGAUGUACUAAUGGGGACGUUUAGUAAAAGCUUUCCGGGAGCGGGCGGUUAUAUAGCAGGUUCAGCCGCGCUGGUAAGCCAUCUGCGCGCGCACGGCGCCGCGCAUGCAUACGUGCAAGCUAUGCCGCCACCUGUCACUGCGCAGGUGCUAUGCGCAUUACGAGACCUGCGCGCACCGGCAGGCCAAGCUCGAGUGAUUGCCCUGAAGGAGAAUAUUCGCUACUUCCGUGACAGGUUACAAUCCAUGGGAGUAGUCGUCCACGGGCACGAGCAGUCGCCAGUGGCGGCCAUGUUGGUGUACUCACCGAGCAAGAUGGUGGCCUGCGUGGAGCGGCUCACGGCGGCCGGGGUCGCGGCCGCCGGCGUCUCGUUCCCGGCCACGCCGAUGCACCAGGCGCGCAUGCGGUUCUGCCUGUCAGCUGCACAUACCAGAGAGCACUUGGACACAGCGCUAGCGGCCAUAGAGGCCGCUACAGACGAGCUGGGGCUGCGGUACUCGAGACAAAACAAAGCUAUACCACAAUAAAUAAUACUACUUAGGAGGUCGAUAUUAAUAAAUCAAUAGUUAUUUUCCCCUCACUAGCUCGGAAACACGUGUUUUGUCCUUCAAUACCAGCGGGUAAAAACGCAUUUUAUCCACUAGUGGGUAAA